CGAACGGGCGUCGUUGUCCAGGUCGGCCAUGGCUGAGGCGUCGCGGUGGCACCGAGGCGGGACUCCGAAACCUAACCUGCAUUACAGUAAGGAAGUAGAAAUUAGAACCACACUUCAGGAAUUGGCACUCUACUUUAUUUUUUUAAUAAACCUAUGUAUAUUGACUUUUGGGAUGGUAAACCCACAUAUGUAUUACUUAAACAAAGUUAUGUCAUCUCUAUUUUUGGACACUUCUGCGCCUGGUGAUGAAAGAACCAACUUUAAGUCUAUUCGCAGCAUAACUGAUUUUUGGAAGUUUAUGGAAGGACCCCUUUUGGAAGGUCUGUACUGGGACGCAUGGUACACUAACAAGACGUUGUAUGAUUUAAAGAACAGCAGUCGCAUCUACUAUGAGAACAUACUCUUAGGAGUCCCCAGAGUCCGUCAACUAAAAGUCCGCAACAACACAUGCAAGGUCUAUUCAUCCCUUCAGUCUUUGAUGGAUGAAUGUUAUGACAGAUACACUUCUAAAAAUGAAGACCUGGCUGAUUUUGGCCUUCAAGUGGAAACUGAAUGGAAGUACACUCCUCCUGAUAGUACCUCCCCUUGGCACUGGGGAUUUGUUGGUGUUUACCGAAAUGGGGGAUUUAUUUUCACUUUAUCAAAAUCAAAAUCUGAAACAAAAAACAAGUUCAUUGACCUUCAACUGAACAGCUGGAUCACAAGAGGGACUAGAGUUAUUUUUAUUGAUUUUUCAUUAUACAAUGCUAAUGUAAACCUGUUUUGCAUUAUCAGACUGGUGGCAGAAUUCCCUGCAACUGGAGGAAUAAUUACUUCAUGGCAAUUUUACUCUGUGAAGCUCCUCAGAUAUGUUAGCUACUAUGAUUAUAUUAUUGCUUCCUGUGAGAUCACAUUUUGUAUUUUUCUUAUUGUCUUCACAACACAAGAAGGCCAAAAAAUAAGAGAAUUUAAGUCUGCUUAUUUCAAAAGUGUCUGGAACUGGCUAGAAUUACUACUUUUGGUGGUAAACCUGUUAAAAAAUACCGAUCAAUAUUCAGACUUCUAUUUUCUUGCAUACUGGCACACUUACUACAACAACAUAAUUGCUGUCACCAUCUUUUUUGCAUGGAUAAAGAUAUUCAAAUUCAUAAGUUUUAAUAAGACAAUGUCUCAGCUGUCAUCAACCUUGUCCCGCUGUAUCAAAGACAUAGUAGGAUUUGCCAUCAUGUUUUUUAUAAUAUUCUUUGCUUAUGCUCAGUUAGGAUUUCUUGUUUUUGGAUCACAAGUUGACGACUUUUCCACUUUUCAAAAUGCCAUAUUUGCACAAUUUCGAAUUGUUCUUGGAGAUUUCAAUUUUGCUGGUAUUCAGCAAGCCAAUCGUAUCCUGGGACCCAUUUACUUCAUCACUUUCAUCUUUUUUGUGUUCUUUGUCCUGCUGAACAUGUUCUUGGCAAUUAUUAAUGAUACAUAUUCUGAAGUGAAAGCUGAUUAUUCAAUAGGCAGAAGGCCAGAUUUUGAACUUGGUAAAAUGAUUAAAAAGAGUUACAACAAUGCUCUUGAAAAACUGAGACUAAAGAAACCGGAAGAGGAUGAAGACAAGAAAAAUGAGAAAAGCGGAGAUUUGGUUGAGCGAGCCAGAAGAGAAGGCUUUGAUGAAAAUGAGAUUCAAAGUGCAAAGCAGAUGAAAAAGUGGAAAGAGAGGCUGGAGAAAAAGUAUUAUUCUGCAGAAAUUCAAGAUGACUACCAGCCGGUCACUCAACAGGAAUUUCGAGAACUCUUUUUAUAUGCCGUGGAGCUGGAGAAAGAAUUACACUAUGUCAGUCUAAAACUAAACCGAGUGAUGAGAAAGAUUUCAACUCUACCAGCUUGAGAGAAGUGCAGGUGAGAACCUCUGAUAUGAUCACUGAGCUUUUUUUUUUUUUUGGAUCAUUGAGAAUUUCUAACAAAAAUUUAUCCUUGUGCUAUUUACUAAACAUGUCCCCAUUACAGGUACAUUUUAAAAAACACUACACCACCUAUCAGCAAACUAUCAUCAGAGUCUAUGAUAAUCUCAGAAGAUUUCUAGAAAUUAAGUACCCCUGAAUGGGACCUACAUACAAGCCAUGUGUAUUAUAGCACGUGUCCAGAGUAUACACACAGACAUGAAGGAUUUUAUUAGAUUCAUUAAAUUCUAGCAAUGUGAAGAUAAAGUGAAAAAUGCUGCUGCUUAUGGUUCAUGGGGAAGAUCUCUAAUUAAUAGGUGACUAAGCAGAUAAAGACAGUUCUCCCAGUGUUACCUAGAAUAUAGAAACUGUUGAUUUUUUUCAUCACAUACCAGGUUCUAACUUCUUCUGGCUACAGAUAAUUAAUAAAUACUUAGGAUUUUGGAAAACCAUUAAUGUAAGACCCCAAAUAAAAUAAUCUUACCUUCAUUCUUCCCAGUUUGAGGUCACCUAGAAAAAGCUAAAAUGUAGAAGACCAAUCAUCUACAAAUAUUUCACUAGUAUUUUCAAACUGGAAAUUCAUCCAGAAAGUUCCUAAAGGAACUCAUUUGAAGUUUUUUAAAAGUUUUCCUCAACCACUCUAAAAAGCAAAAUAUACUCUGAAAAAUAAAGAGCAAGGUAGGAGUAUCAGGGUUAUGAGAAGUCAACUUAAUGUAUAAGAAGGAGGAAUGAGGGUACUGCAAAAAGCCCUGUCUGGGUGGUUGGCAAGUUGUGUGAAGGAACUCUUUUAAUUUCUUUAGUGGGUUACACAAGCCCUCCUAGAAGAGCCGUAUGUUCUCUUAGCCCAAACAACAUCAUCUGACCAUAGUACUCAACUUCCACAUUGAUGCUCAAUAGAUGUUAAAUCUACCCGCUCCCUCAGGCCAGCCUCUUCUCUGAGAAAACUGUACCUUAAGUUUGCUCAGUAGGGUAAUUCACUGCAACAAGAAAUGCUGACUGUUCUCCCUGCAUAUCUUCUCCCUAGAUUUCCACACGGCAAUCAACAACAUAGCCUUUCCUUGUCUUACCAAUCCCCAGAGCUGUAGCCAGUCAAGUGGUUUAGCAACCCUGUCGUCCCCCAAUAUGGUCCCUCGCUGAGGUAACUCAAACAAAGCCUAAGAACAUUA